AUGGAAACAAGUCAAGAGGAAAUCGAAAACAUUUUAGAUUCUACGCCGCCUUUUAGAAGCCAAGUUGCUGUCAAAUCUAUACCUUCUGUAAGUAGAGUUUCUUCAAUUCAAGAUGUUGAUAAAUCAAUACCAGAUGAUUUAAAUAUUGUUCUGAGAAACAAUAGUCCAGAGCCUGAAACUAUUUCAGACACUGAAGACAACGACGACGAUGACAACAAUGAUGAUUGA